AUGGCUACGAACAUAUCGAUCGGCUUGAGGAAGUUUUCCUUCACUGACACGCCUGAAAAGCCUUUCCAGUGGGAGCAUGAGAUGAGCCCCGGGCUCACUUUCACCUUCGCCCCGCCGCACCUCAAGAUCACCAUUGGCAAAAAAGUGCUGGAUUCGGUAGAUGUGCAUCAAAAGGUCCAGCAGACAAAAACCCAGCUUGCAGCCAUGGAGAUGCACGGUGCAGCCCUUCGCAACGACGAUCUCCCCAUCUCGGCUAUGUCGCGCCCCAAUCAGCCAGCACUUGGGAUCAUGUACAGGAAAUCAUCAAGAAGAAUCCGACGCAUGCAGCUCACCUUCAACUCUGCAAGUGACGCCAAGAUUGCAUAUGAUCUCAUUGUACGCUCAGGCGUCAAGAUGUUUACGAAAUAUCGGCCGAGCAGUGCUACCCUAGACUUCCCGCCUUCACAAUCCGCGACCAUGGGAGCUUCUGACUACCCCUCAUCUCCGCCUGGGAUGCGGCGCCUAGUGCUGCAGAACUCAUCGCACGACAGAGAAGAUGUGCGGCCCUCAACAGCACCAGCCACUGAGCUCGGCUCGGGCCUCAUGGACAUGCUACCGCCCAGGCGCGAGCUCCCCUUCUCACGGCCAGACUCCCGAGACUCUGGCAACUUCGGCUCGUCCGGAUCAGGACUCAUGGGAUCGCAAAUUUCUAACAGCAGACCAUCUUCAAGCAACCGCCCGUCAACUGCUAAUCUUCCUCCCCUCAAGCCCCCGACAUAUGCCUCGCGCUCCACUACAGCCAAGCAUAAAACACAGCUUACCACAGAAAUGCCAUCCAUAUUCGCUUCUCAAUCAUCCUCGAGCCAUUACUUUAGCGCAAAUCCGGCCCCGUCAUCCGACACGAUUGGUUGGGAAAGUUCCAAGACCUUACGUCCAGGAUCAUCAGCUUCGAAGCAAUCACUGAUUGACAUCGUCGGUAGCAAUGAGCUAUCACACUCGCACAGGCAGCCAUUCUCGAGCAGCAAAGAAACAGCAGCUCAUGAGACCGGACAGCUGAGCCGCGGAUAUGAUGAAGACUUGACUGACCUGGUCAGGAAUGCCACCCAGUCAGAUGCUUCCAAGCGCCUUCAGUCGUAUGCAGCGCAACCUUGGAAUGCCAGAGAGGACUUGCUCAGCGAGUUCUUCGUGAGCUGCAUAGAGGACGAUGCCUUUAUCACACUUUGUCAAGAUGUGAAUGCCAACUGGCGCCGCAUCGGUCUGGGUUUGCAGUAG